UUAAAACUCUCGCAUCAGAAUCCACAGCAACACCAGCGUUUCCUUUCUUCGUUGACCAUGUCUCGCAUCCCAUGCAUAACCCUCCUAGGCGAUUCCCUAACCCAACAUGCAUUUCCAAAAGGCUGGGGAACACAUCUCCAAACAAUAUACACCCGAAAAGCGGAUAUUCUUAACCGAGGGCUAUCAGGGUACAAUUCCACCUGGUGCACAAACUUAUUACCGGAUAUACUGGGUUCCCCAACGGUACUCAUUAUAAUGCUCGGGACAAAUGACUCUGUAUUGGAAUCCGUAAACCCAACACACCACGUCCCCAUCGAAAUUUACAAGAGUAAUUUAGAGGUUAUCGUGAAUUUUGCUCAAGACGGGGGAGUUCGGGUGUUGGUCUUGACACCUCCCCCCGUGAUCAUAUCCGAUUGGAAAAAGGUACGAGAAGCACAAGGAAGGGAGUGUGAUCGGAGUCUGGAGAUGGUUGGGUUGUAUCGGAGGGCUUGUUUGGAUAUUAUGGAGCGGUUGGGUGUGUCUGUGUUGGAUACCUGGCAAGUGUUCUUGGGUGGGAAUGAGUAUAGCGUGGAAGCAUUGGAUGGUGUGUUUUCAGAUGGAGUUCAUUUGGCGGAAAAGGGGCAUGAGAUGCUUGGGCGUGCUGUUGUGGAAAAGAUACAGACGGUUUGGAAAGAUUUAGAUCCAGAUGAGAUGCCGUUGUGGGCACCUCUGCACACUGAGAUUGCAAAUUCCCAUCAAAUCCGAAAAUCCUUGCAAUAAUAUAAUGUGAAAGAAACAUGGAGGAGGGCAG